CCAUUUAGAUAAUUUGCCUGAAAGAGUUGAAUACCCAUUUGAACCCAACUCAACUUUAAAAAGAGAAUAUAAUUCUAAUCAAAUUAUUAUAAACAUUGCCCAAACCUCACCCAAAAAAGCCAUCAAUUGCAUUUGCAAUGGAGAAACUAGAAGUGUUCAUCAUUCCAACUCCACUAAUGGGACAUGCCGGUCAGCCUGUUGACUUGGCCAGGAUGUUAGUCAACCGAUUUCAUCAUAUCACGGCAACAAUACUCGUGAUGAAGCUCCCCGGUGACACAGUUGGUACCGAUUACACCGACUCAUUAACUUCUUCUCAAAAAAUAAACAACGAUCACCAUGAUCGAAUCAACUUCAUCCAUUUUCCUCCUAUGGAUAUUGACUUGUUUGCAGGUUUCCCACCAGUCAGCGCCUUGGCUGAUGAGGUCACCGAGCGCCAUAAGCCCAUUAUCAGAAACCUUGUGGCUAGUAGGUCCAAUGGGCCGGCUGUUCCUAGGCUUGGUGCAUUGAUCGUUGACAUGUUUUGUACUACAAUGUUAGAUGUUGGAAAAGAAUUUGGUAUUCCUAGUUAUGUGUUUUUUACAUCAAAUGCUGCUUUUCUUGGGAUCAUGUUACAUUUUCAGACCCUCCAUGAUGAACAGGAUCAGGAGAUAUCUGAGUUGGCUAACUCGAAUACCGAGUUAAUGAUCCCGAGCUAUGGGAGUCCAGUUCCUCCAGGUGUUCUGCCUUUUGUGCUGAUAGACAAGGAAUCAUGGUCUAAGAGGUUUCUUCGGCAUUCUAGAAAGUAUAGAGAAGCGAAAGGUAUAAUUGUCAAUACAUUUCAAGAGCUAGAACCUCAUGCCCUUCUUUCCUUUGAUGACAAAACACCUCCUGUCUACACAUUAGGCCCAAUGCUAAAACCCGAAAAAACAACAACAAACAGUGAGGUAUUGCAGUGGCUAGAUGGUCAACCAAAGUCAACGGUCCUGUUCUUAUGCUUCGGGUCUAGAGGAUGGUUCAAUGGGGAUCAAGUGAAAGAAUUAGCAAUUGCUAUAGAGAGAAGUGGAUACAGAUUCAUAUGGUCUUUACGCCGACCUCCUUCUGAAGACGUUAAAGGGUUCCCAGUGGACUAUACUGAUUACAACGAAGUCCUGCCAGACGGGUUCUUAGAACGAACGGCUAACAGGGGAAAAGUAGUUGGUUGGGUCCCUCAAACAGAACUGCUGGCUCACGUGGCAGUCGGAGGGUUUGUAUCACACUGUGGGUGGAAUUCCAUACUAGAAAGCCUUUGGUAUGGAGUUCCAAUAGCCACAUGGCCAAUGUAUGCAGAGCAACAAUUAGAUGCACUUCAGUUGGUUAAAGAAUUAGGAUUGGCAGUUGAAAUCUGUUUGGAUUAUCAAAAACUGAACAAGAAUCAACGUUUGAUAUCAGCCAGCGACAUUGAGAAAGGAAUAAGAGCUGUGAUGGACAGCAAUAGUACGGUUCGAGCAAAUGUGACAGAAAUGAAAGCCAAGAGCCGAAUGGCACUAGAAGAAGGCGGUUCAUCGUCUGCUAGUUUGAAACGUUUUGUUGAUGAUUUCAUGUACAUGUAACUAGCUAGCUUGCAUAAUAAAAUCGCUAAUAAACAUAAUAAAUUAAUUCCA